AAAUGCCAUUGGUCGCUCUUCUGUCGCCCUUCGUACCUUUACUCGUUGUUCUUUACUCUGCUCUGUCUUUCUGGCUUCUUGCUUCUUCCCUAGCCUGGCUGGUCCGAGGGUAGCGAGGCUGCUGUGAUGCUUCUCACGCCUUUUCAAGCCGGACUCGGAUCUCUCAGCGCUCAAGGAGUCAGCUUGAUCCUGCUUCCCAACGUCAUCACAUGCUCUCGUCAGCCGGCCUUUGCGACUCUGGAGUCGAGGAACAAGCCGCGUCUGCACCUGUAGCUGUAUCAUGCCGGAUGCGUCCUGCCAAGCACACAUCGAGCGCCGCAUCUCGAAUUGCUACAUCUGAACACUGUUCGAAGGGCAAGAAUGGGCGCGAAGGAUCCAGCAAAAGUCCGGCCACUGCCUCUCGCUCUCGCUCCGGCUCCGGCUCCGGCUCGCUGGGCUCGGAAGGACAAUUGGGCCUGACUACCAAUUUCAGAGAUGGGCUGCACUUCAAAGCUAUUCCGCCUGCUGCUCAUGCCAGAAGGAUCAAGCAUCCUUUCAAACCUCGAUUUCUCCGUGCGCGCAUCGUCGCUGCUGAGAGUGCCACGCAACAAGCGGCGGAAAGGAAUAGUGGCAGAGGUGUGGCCGAUGUCUCUGCGGCACCGCAUCGGCAGAAGAGAACGUCUAUGUUUCAGUCUACUUUUAGCAGUGAUGCUCGCUCUUUCUCCGAUGCGUCAAGGCUAAGCCGAUGGAGGAGAAGCUGGAGAAUCACAAGCAUGUCUACAGCACUUGGAAGAGUAGCCAUGAUCUGCAUGGCCGAAUUCACGGCAAAUCUGAUCAUCGCCUUACCGGCAGCGAUGGUCAAGAUCCUGCUUUGGUUCUACCAAAACAAGUCCUUGCCAACGCUAGGACACUUGCUCAGCGCGUCGACAUACGCGUUGAGCAUCUGCAUUGCCAUUGCAGUUUGCGUGCCUAGUCGAGGCGCGCACGUCAACCCUUGCAUCACCAUCGUCGCUGCAGCCCUCGGCGCUCUGACCUGGUGGGAGGCUCUAUCUCGUAUCGCCGCUCAGAUCCUUGGUUGUUGGGCAGGCUGCAUGCUAGCUGUCUCGACGUGCUGGGACAUCAUUGCGGAUCUGCGUCAGGUGGUCAUGGCUAGUGGAACACUGGAGAGCUUCUUUGUUCCACAUGGUUUGGCUCGCUCGUUUGCUGUCGCUAGCACUCCUGGAAGAAGCACUGGGCUGGCCGUCGUUGGUGAAGCGUCUGGAGGAUUCAUUGCAGCUUUGGUGAUUUGCGUCAACGUCCAGGGUCUCAGGCAGCCCCGGCUCAUCAAAUCACAAGGCGCAUUCGUCAUCGGCGCCACAUACUCUCUUCUCUUCUUGAUGAACUCGUUGGGCCCAUUCGUAGGAUCGUGAGUAUGUGCGAAGGAUCGUUGCCAUGCGAAUUAACGUGAGCAAAGCACGGAAGCUCAUGCAGACGCAUCCACUCAGGAGUGCCCUGGACAUUGGUGGCAGAUUGGCCUGCUCUGUGAGCAUCGCGAUGAUCAAGUGCGUCCGAAAGGCGUGUGCUU